AUGUCCCGGGAACGGGAAGGGAGCGGGAGGGGCGGGACGGGAACGGGGCUGGGAACGGGAAGGGGAAGGGACCGCGGCCGGGACCGGGCGGAGGGACAGCCCGACCGGGACCGGGACCGGGACCGGGACCGGGACCGGGACCGGGACCGGGACCGGGACCGGGACCGGGACCGGGCAGGACGGAGCGCACCGGUCCGGACGGGACCCAGCCCGAGGAGCCGCUGGGCCCGGCCGUGGCCCCGGACGAGGUGUGCGGCCCCCCCCGGCCCCCCCCCCCGCAGCCCCCAGGACCCCCCCCCGGGGGACGGGGAGCAGCCGGAGGAGCCCCCCCCCGCCACCGUCUACGAGGUGGUCUGCAGCGCCGGGACCCCCGCGCACGGCGGGGUCACCAUCCAGCUGGACUGGCUGCCCCCCACGCUGCUGCCCCCCGAGUCCUGCGUCAUCGCCGCGCUGCCCACCCUGCCCCUGCCCACCCCCACGCUCCCAGUCCUGCUGCUGUCGGAGGAGGAGAAGCGGCUGCUGGCGCAGGAGGGGGUGACGCUGCCCGGCUCCCUGCCCCUCACCAAGCAGGCUGAGGAGCGCGUCCUGAAGAAGGUGCGGAGGAAGAUCCGGAACAAGCAGUUGGCGCAGGACAGCCGCCGGAGGAAGAAGGAGUACCUGGACGGGCUGGAGAGCAGGGUGGCCUCGUGCUCGGCGCAGAACCAGGAGCUGCACAGGAAGGUUCGGGAGCUGGAGCAGCGCAACGGGUCCUUGCUGAGCCAGCUGCAGGCGCUCCAGGCUCUCAUCAAGCAGACGUCCAACAAAGCCGCCCAGACCAGCACCUGCGUCCUGAUCCUGCUCCUCUCCCUGGUGCUCAUCCUCUUCCCCAGCUACAGCCCCUUCUGCUGGGGCCGGGGGGGCCGCCGGGACCCCCAGCAGCCCACGGGAGCCCUGCCCAGUGCUCCCCGUCCCUGCAGUGAUCUCCAGGCACAUCCUGACCCGCGCGGAGCCGCCGCCACCGCCUGGAGAAGCCCCGGCGACGUGGUGGCAGCUGGAAGAGCUGGGGGCUGCAGCGGAGAACGGUGCCAAGGGGGGGCACGAGGACAGGACGGGCCCCCCCGGCAGGGAGCCGGGCACAAACUCCUCAGGCCGGGCUCCCCCAGGGGAUCCGAGGGCUCAGCCGUGGCUGCGGGACGCAGCGGCGGCAGCAAAACAGGCACACGGGGACGAGAUGUGACAGCCACCGGGGAACGGCCCCGCUUUGGGGGCCGGGAGCCACACUGGGACGGGGGGGGGCAGUCGGGGGCCCCCCCACCAUGCCCCAGGCAGGGGCGCUGGGUGCACCCCACGCACAGCGCAGGGGAAGGGAGCUCUGCGCUCGCAGGCAGCUCCCGGUGAAUAAAUCCGUGCCUGCUUCGCA